ACCGUACAUCCUAUACCAGCUCAUGUUUAACGGCAAAACCGUAAUUUCAGAACAGAUCAGAAAUCAAAGGUUCCUCAAUUUAUAAAUACAGUUACACACACAAAACCAUGCUCCAAACUAGUAUUCACAUAAACCACCGGCAAACUCGCCGCCGGUAAGCCCCAAUAGCAACCAAAACAAAACCACUCACUCAAUUUUCAUUUCUCAUCUUCUUUCUAUUGUAAAUUCAGAUACCCUUUUGAGAAAAGUGAAGAACUUUAAAGAAAAAUUGAAGAAAAAACUGUUCCGGCUAUCAUGAAGAAAUAGAAGUAGAAGCAAAAACGCCGCCGCAGAAUGUUACUUUGUGGAAAAGCUUCACUAAACGGCACCGCUUCGGGAUCGGUGCCGGUGUAUCUUAACGUGUACGAUCUGACAACAUUCAACGGUUACGCUUACUGGCUUGGUCUCGGAGUUUACCAUUCCGGCGUUCAAGUUCAUGGUGUGGAGUAUGCAUUUGGGGCACAUGAGCAUGAAUCAACGGGAAUAUUUGAAGGAGAUCCAAAAAAGUGUGAAGGUUUUAGAUUUAGAAAAACAAUAUUGAUUGGAAAAACAGAUAAAGAAUUUAAUGAAGUGAAGGAAUUGAUGGAAAAACUUGGUGGUGAAUACAAAGGAAAUGCUUACAAUUUGAUAACAAAAAAUUGUAACCAUUUUUGCAAUGAUGCUUGUGUUAAGCUCACUGGAAAUUCUAUACCUAGUUGGGUUAAUCGUCUUGCUAGAAUUGGUUUUGUAUGCAAUUGUGUUCUACCAGUAACAUUGAAUUCAACAAAAGUUAGACAUCAUCAUAGAAUAGAAGACAAACAAUGUGAAGAAGAGAAACAAAUUAAACAAGCAUUAACAAGUGAAUCAAACAAAGUUACUGUUUCAAAUUCAACCCCUUCAGCAUCAUCUUCACCAGCAGCUUCUACUAGCUCUGGAUUAAGAAGAGGAAGAAGUAGAACAAGAAGAGCUCUUCCUCCACCUUCACCUUUGAUUAUUACUUCCUCUUCAUCUUAAUGUUUCAAUUUUUUUUUUUUUUUUUUUAUCAAUUUUGCAAAAGUUGCUUUUGUAGAUUGAAUUUUUAAUUGAAAUUUGUUAGUAGUAUCAUUUUUUUUAUAUCCAAUGAGGCUUUAUAUCGAAAAA